UAUAUAAUGUAAGUUUUUGCUCACCCCUUUGUCAAGGGAAAGUGUGUUUGAAAACAAACAUGGCAGGUAUUUAUUUCUAGGCUUUCUGAUGGUAACCGCUCGUUUAUUUCUCUCUAAAUCUAGAGGCACGCUUAUCUCUCUGUUGAGGAAAUCUCUUCAUGUUGUCUGGUCUUGUCAUGGCCAGCCUGGACUGUUGUUGUGAUCUGGGCCUCUCCAUUGAUUCUAUUUUUUUUACAUUAUAUUAUAUUAUAUUAUUUGCACGCUGUGUUGUAUGAUUUAUUUUGGGCUCUGUUAGGAGUAAUGAUUAUUUUGGUUUUAUUUAUUUCUUAGCAGACGUUAAGAAAUUCAAAUGGGUUGUACCUGAACAGUUUUAAUAAAUGUUCUUGAGAUCUUGUAAAUACUUUUCUAUACAUGUUUUCAUUCACUGCAAUGUACUGUGGGAAUAAAAUAAAAUAAAUGUUUAUAUUGUAGUCAUUUUGUCAUUCUGUCAUUUAUUUUUAAAAAGGGGCGGGAUAUGCAUUACACUACAACAAAUAUAUAAAUAAAUACUAUCACACAUAACUAAACAAAUACAGAAAUACACAUAGAAACUAUUCUAUUCACAAUAGGAAAGAGAAAAGCGACUGAUAGACUCGCAACCACUGAAACGAAAUCCUUGAGAAAACUAUGAGCAACUUCAACAGCAAUUAAGAGAUACAUACACCUGUAUUGAAAACAAUAGACAACUGCUGCCAAAAAUCAUCGUCCUAGCGGUUUAGUGAAUAUUAAAGUUUAUUAAUAAGAAAAGAACACAUUCAUCUAGGGCAGCAGUGUGGAGUAGCGGUCAGGGGCUCUGGACUCUUGAUCGGAGGGUCGUGGGUUCAAUCCCAGGUGGGGGACACUGCUGCUGUACCCUUGAGCAAGGUACUUUACCUAGAUUGCUCCAGUAAAAACCCAACUGUAUAAAUGGGGAAUUGUAUGUAAAAAUAAUGUGAUAUCUUGUAACAAUUGUAAGUCGCCCUGGGUAAGGGCGUCUGCUAAGAAAAUAAAUAAUAAUGAUUAAAGAUUUGCGAAUAUAUUUCUGAUUUGUGUUAUAAGCUUCCAAAGCACCUGUUUGUAAAACUGUAUAUGCAAUCUCCCGUGUGAAUGCCUUGGCUCCCUGACUGUCCUGUAGUUCAGUUUGAAUGAAACAGAGCUGCUCUAGAGUAGGUACCGGUAAGAGAUUUACACGCACGCUCGCUGAGAAGCGCCGCGCUGCUUCAUAAAACACACGCAAGCUGUACCUGACUGAUUACAGCUCCCUGGAAGCUGAUUGGCUGAUGAGACCGAAUCAGUUUCCACUGUCUGAUUGACAGAAGCCCGCUGGAGCUGGAAGCUGAUUGGCUGAUGCGACCGAAUCAUUUUCCACUGUCUGAUGACAGGAUCCCGCUGGGGCUGGAAGCUGAUUGGCUGAUGCGACUGAAUGGGUUUCUAAUGUAUCAUAAAACUCUCAGGUAACUAUGCUGUGUACCGGAGCAAAGUCUACUGCAACAGAGAACUGCGACAUGAGGGGGAAAAGUGACUCGAGAGACUUCAGCGCUUUGAAAGAAACAGCGGCUGAGUGAGGAACGAGUGAUUCAGAAGAGAGAGAGAGAGAGAGACAUGGACGGGAAUCCAAAGAGAAGAAAAAAAAAUAAAAAUUUGGGCCCACCUGCUCUGUCAGGAGACUCUGCCGGAGAGAACAGCGAGGAGCAACUGGAGAGACUGAUGAGGGAGGUGGAGGAACUGAAGAGAGUGAUGGAGGAGAGACAGAUGAGGGAGGAGGGGGAGAAACUGAAGAGUAAAAUGAUUGCUGAGAUCCUCGAGCCCAUGAAGGAGUUUGCCCGGCUGUUUGAAAAAGAGAAGCCCUUGAUUGAGGAAUACCUCGGAGAACUCAAAGUCAUGGCUCAAACACUGCUGGAGAGAGACAGGGCUGAACAGGCUGCAAUUGCGAAAGGGCUCGCUUUGGCUGUCGCAGGGUGCGCAGGGCUAGCGCUGUCUCCUCUUUCACUCAGAACCUCCGCUCUGCUGGCUCUGGGAGGGCUUGCUGUGGGUAGAGCAAUCGCAGGACUUGCCAUGUCUGCCAGUCCUGAGAUCGACGAGAAGAGAUUAUUGAAAAUAUUGAACAGGAGUCAGUAUAAAAUAACUGCACUUGGUACAUCAGCCGAUGAGGUCUGCCAAGCACUUUUUAAAUGGAAGGGAUGUUUUUAUGCAGAUAUGGCCGUGCUUGCUACUGCGUCCUCUGAUGUGACAGAAGCUACUCGCGUGUUGACGGCAAUAGAAACUAAUCCAGCCCUCAAAGUGCUACAUCUCGAUACAUACUUUGUCGAUUGGGAUAACUAUGACUGGAUUAAAAACAGCAUCAAAUUUUAUAGAAUGCAAAACAACAAAAGAGCAAUAGAGAUUUGCAAUUGGGUGGAAAAUGGGGAAUCAGAUCUAGCAAACCUGGCAAAAGCCUACUCGCACGUGAAGGUGUAUAUUUCACUUAUUAGAGAUCUGUAAAACCCGUCAGUCAGGGAUAUCGGAUCUCAUGCAGAGAUGUAGAAUCAUUUCUGUGUGAUAGAAAUGGAUGCAUGUAUUGUUAAUACUGGAUUCCUGUGAAGUGCAGUGGGUCAUAUUGCAGAGAAUCUGUGUGUAAUACAGACUAGAGCAGUGAGGAGCCUUAUAAUAUAUAGCACUAGAAUGUGAUACUGAUGCGAUCCAGCCCUCUGAAAUGUCUUUAUAAUAUACAGCGCUAGACCCUGAUAUUGAUGCGAUCCAGCCCUCUGAAAUGUCUUUAUAAUAUACAGCGCUAGACCCUGAUAUUGAUGCGAUCCAGCCCUCUGAAAUGUCUUUAUAAUAUACAGCGCUAGACCCUGAUAUUGAUGCGAUCCAGCCCUCUGAAAUGUCUUUAUAAUAUACAGCACUAGAACGUGAUAUUGAUGCGAUCCAGCCCUCUGAAAUGUCUUUAUAAUAUACAGCGCUAGACCCUGAUAUUGAUGCGAUCCAGCCCUCUGAAAUGUCUUUAUAAUACACAGCGCUAGACCCUGAUAUUGAUGCGAUCCAGCCCUCUGAAAUGUCUUUAUAAUACACAGCGCUAGACCCUGAUAUUGAUGCGAUCCAGCCCUCUGAAAUGUCUUUAUAAUAUACAGCGCUGGACCCUGAUAUUGAUGCGAUCCAGCCCUCUGAAAUGUCUUUAUAAUAUACAGCGCUAGACCCCGAUAUUAAUGCGAUCCAGCCCUCUGAAAUGUCUUUAUAAUGUACAGCGCUAGACCCUGAUAGUGAUGCGAUCCAGCCCUCUGAAAUGUCUUUAUAAUAUACAGCGCUAGACCCUGAUAUUAAUGCGAUCCAGCCCUCUGAAAUGUCUUUAUAAUAUACAGCGCUAGACCCUGAUAGUGAUGCGAUCCAGCCCUCUGAAAUGUCUUUAUAAUAUACAGCGCUAGACCCUGAUAUUGAUGCGAUCCAGCCCUCUGAAAUGUCUUUAUAAUAUACAGCGCUAGACCCUGAUAUUGAUGCGAUCCAGCCCUCUGAAAUGUCUUUAUAAUAUACAGCGCUAGACCCUGAUAUUGAUGCGAUCCAGCCCUCUGAAAUGUCUUUAUAAUAUACAGCGCUAGACCCUGAUAUUGAUGCGAUCCAGCCCUCUGAAAUGUCUUUAUAAUAUACAGCGCUAGACCCUGAUAUUGAUGCGAUCCAGCCCUCUGAAAUGUCUUUAUAAUAUACAGCGCUAGACCCUGAUAUCGAUGCGAUCCAGCCCUCUGAAAUGUCUUUAUAAUAUACAGCGCUAGACCCUGAUAUUGAUGCGAUCCAGCCCUCUGAAAUGUCUUUAUAAUAUACAGCGGUAGACCCUGAUAUUGAUGCGAUCCAGCCCUCUGAAAUGUCUUUAUAAUAUAUA